GCUCUCCUCUCUGUGCACAUCCAUUGCGUCCAUUCCAAGUCUUCUAGUCAGCUUCUAGUCCCGUGUUCAUCGUAAAAAGCCGCCCAAAAUGACCUCUCUCCUCCGCUCCGUCGCUCGCCCUUCAGCUCUCCGGGCCGCGGCCACGGCCAGCAAGCCGUUGCGCAGCCUGACCACUGCCGAUCGAACAUUCGUCCGUACCAAGGCCACUCUCCCAGACCUUCCAUACGACUAUGGUGCCCUCGAGCCCGCCAUCUCCGGCAAGAUCAUGGAGCUCCACCACAGCAAGCACCACCAGACCUACGUCAACUCGUACAACGAGGCGUCCGACAAGUUCGCGGCAGCGGAGGCCAAAGAUGACAUUGCUGCCAAGAUCGCCCUGCAGCCCUUGCUCAACUUCCACGGUGGUGGUCAUCUGAACCACUCUCUGUUCUGGGAGAACCUGGCCCCGAAGAAGAACGGUGGCGGCGAGCCUCCUUCUGGAGAGCUGGCCAAGGCCAUCGACACCACCUACGGAAGCUUGGAAGACUUCAAAAAGAAGUUCAACACUGCUUUGGCUGGUAUUCAAGGCAGUGGUUGGGCUUGGUUGGUCAAGGAUACCCAGACCGGCAACAUCGGCAUCCAGACAUAUGCCAACCAAGACCCCGUGGUUGGACGAUACAAGCCUUUGUUGGGUGUUGAUGCUUGGGAGCAUGCUUAUUAUCUCCAAUAUCAGAACCGCAAGGCGGAAUACUUCAAUGCCAUCUGGGAUGUGAUCAACUGGAAGGCGGCCGAGAAGAGAUUCAGCAGCUAG